GAAUAGUGGGUGGUGCAUAUAUUCUUCAAUCAAUAACUGGGUUCUAUUCUUGAAAGAAGAUGAAGAUACUAAACCUGAACAGACACAUGGUGUAGUAGUAGUAGUUGAUUCGGUUAUCCAAAAACAAGAGGAUGUUGCGUUUGAGGAGAAAAAGUGUUGAAAAACGAAACUCUCGUGGUGAUAUAGUGAGGAAAGAAGAAGUGGUUACGCUCACCAAAAAAUUCCAUGCUUCAAACAAAGCACAAGAGAAAAUACCAGACUGGAAACCCACAAGUAAAGGUGUUCCCUUGUCCAACCCUCAUAGACAAUGCCUUCCUCAAGGUGGCUCUACUAAGCCAAAUGUAAAGUAUUCUGACACGGAGGGUUCAGAUGCAGAGGGUAGUGAAGUUGAAGACGAAGAGGGUAGUGAUGCUGAAGAUACAAAUUCCAAGGAAUCAGAAGCUGAGGACAAUAAUUCUGAUGAAUCAGAAGACAAUAAUUCUGAGGAAUCUGAGGUUGACGAGGAAACAAAUUCCGAGGAAUCAGAAGCUGAAGAUAACAAUUCUGAGAAAUCUGGAACUGAGGAUAUAAAUUCUGAGGAAUCAUCAGAAGCUGAGGAGGAUUCAGAUGAAGAGCCACCAAGGCGACUCAUUGAUCUGCCUAAUCCAUCUACGAGGAGGCGACUCAUUGAUAUGCCUAAUCCGUCUACAAGGAGGCACCUCACAGAUAUCGAUCAAGGUGUUCUUAAUUCGUUUAAGGGGUGGCGUCUCAUUGAUAUCGAUCGACUCAACCGACUCGAUCACGAUUCGUCUAUGAAGAUGCGUCUCAUCGAUAUUGAUCGACUCAAUCAGAAUUCGUCAAUGAAGAUGCGUCUCAUUGAUAUCGAUCGACUCGAUCGCAAUUCCUCUGUCAGAAAGGCACCUGGUAGAUUUUGAUCGAAGCAUACGUAAAUUGUCUUGGGGAGAGACAAGACUCAAGAAAUGGUUAUGACCUAGCCAAGGAGAAUUUCUCUUCAUGUUGAUACGUAGCCAUAAACUGCAAUCAAUGGCACUGGCUUAAUUAUAAUAAAAUGCAAACUCAAGUUCAAGAACUUCGCAAGCUUAUAAGCAGUCUCUUAUAUAAUUCAAGGUUUUAAUGUUGUUUGCUAAAUGUCUAUCGACCAAGUUUGGAUAGUUGUUUGUUAGAUUAUGUGGUACAAUUAUAAGUGUGUGCUUCUAUGUAUGACUAUUAUAUUACCCUGAAUAGCUUCUGUGAGUGUUCUUUGUCUACAUGCAUGUGACUCAGCC